AUGAAAAGUGUGAGAGUGAAGAUGAGCAGGAGGAUCUCUGAUCUGUGCAGCUUCCUGUGGCUUUUCCUCCUCAUUGAUCCUCAUCCCUCCUUGUUGUCUCCUGCUUUCUGCUGUGCUGCUUUUCCUCCCUCUGCUGAUCAUCACCGGCUGCAAGUUGUACAAGCUGAUAUUUCCUCCAUCAGCAGCGACGCUGUCGUUCACCCCACCAACUCCACCUUCCACACGGGUGGAGAAGUAGGGAGUGCGCUGGAGAAGAAGGGCGGGAAGGAGUUUGGUGAAGCCGUUUUGGAGCUGCGCAAGAAGAACGGCCCUCUGGAGGUGGCUGGAGCGGCGAUGAUGUCGGGUUACGGCCUUCCAGCGAAGUUUGUGAUCCACUGUAACAGUCCCGGCUGGGGCUCGGAUAAGUGCGAGGAGCUGCUGGAUAAAACCGUGAAGAACUGCCUUGCUCUGGCUGAUGAGAAGAAACUCAAAUCUGUGGCGUUUCCCUCCAUUGGCAGCGGCAGGAACGGUUUUCCAAAGCAGAUGGCUGCGCAGCUGAUCCUGAAAGCCAUCAACAGCUACUUUGUGUCCACCAUGUCAUCCUCCAUCAAGACAGUUUACUUCGUCCUGUUUGACAGUGAGAGUAUCGGCAUCUAUGUCCAGGAAAUGGCCAAACUCGACACCAAAUAAAUUUAUAUCUGUGUGUUUUUAAUACGUUGUGGGUUUCAUACACAGAUCUCCACUUUAGAGCCCUAGAUAUCCUGAUGUUGUCAGGUGCUGUGAGGUCAUGUGACCUCUGUACUCAUCUUUUCUUUCCAUGAGCAGCAACCAAUGAGCAGUCCUAUCUAGAUGUAAACAUUUUCCCAAAAAAAUACAGAAGGAAUAAAAUUUCUGACCCAUUUUCCUGCAUCACUGAGUUUAAAUGUCAUGGUGAGAUGUUUCACGUGAAAAUUUAUGUUAAACGUUUUUAUAAUAACUUUUAUACUCCGUGUGUGCAGAUGGUGGUGUUCCUCAGGGCUCACUGCUCGGUCCUCUGCUCUUUUUGCUGAUGUUAGCUUUGCAUGAGUUUUUAGUGUUGCUUGAAAAAUCAUUAGAUAAUUAAGUUUGCCAAAUUAGUAUGAAUUACUACCAUCAUUAAUUUAUACAAUUUCUGUAAUAAUUAGCUAGCUCCAUGCAGAAUCUAGACUCUAUCUCAGGCACUAAUGUGGAGAUCUGUGGUUUUAUUAGAGUUUAAAAUGUUUAUUGAGUUACUUGUGGAUUUUAUGUUGAGACGGUGGUUGAGUGUGUUUGUGUUCUUGUCUCACUGCAGGACUGUUUGAAAUUUAUUAGAGACUGAGGUGACUGUGUAUCUCUCUCUCUCUCACACACACACACACACACACACACACACAAAUACUUGAUCUUCAAACUCUGUUUUGUUUUUUAAAUGUAACAUAACUCUAACUUCAUUAACAAAUAUCCAACACGUUGCAUUAAUGUAGUUUUUUGCCAAUAAUGAGAUUUUUCUCAUGCUAGAAAAUUAGCUGUUUCUAUGGUAACAUUGAGAAGGAAAUUCUCAAACACAAAGGUGAAUAAGUUUCAUUUCGUUCGUUUUGUUCAAAUGAGUCGUUCAUUUCGUUUGUUGAAUCAGCCCUUCUGGAAAGAUCGAUAUGUUGCAGUUCAUUCCUCUGAGUCAUUCAGCUCCUACGGCCGGUAAUUUUCUUGUCAAACUUAAAAUUACAAAAUGGUAGCCUAAUAGUUUUAUAUUUAAUGUACCACUGCAUUACUGUAAUAUUCGCCGGACACUAAAAUUAUUGGCCAAUGUUGUUCAGACAAUAUUCUACAAAAAGAUCUUACAACUAGUCUGGAUUUUCAGUAACUAUAAAAGACAGCAUGUUGGCGCUGUUUUGUGAAAUCGUUUGAAUCCUGUUUCUUGCAUGGCUGUUUCACAUAUUACAGACCUGACACACAGUGGGAUUGAUGUAAAUAGUGCACUAUGUUAUCGUUGUGUUUGUUGAUCCAUUUAGUACGCGAUGUCUUUAAAAGCUGCUUGUUCACUGAAAUGCCAAACAACUGCUAAUAAAAGAAGGUCGUGGGUU